GCGGGAGGACGCUAUCGUUCGCGCAGAAAGGCCAGGAUUUGGCCGUUAUUUGCGCCCUUUCGACCGAAAGAUCGUUUUCACGGUGGAUGGCGACGCCGGGUCUCGCCCCGAUGCGCGACGACGUGGGCCUUCCGCUCGACACGACGCUCUUUGACGCGGCGAACCUCGUCGGUCUCGGCAUCACGAUCGCUGCGGCCGUCAUCUCCAACUGCGGCGUCCAGCUGCAAAAGCUCGCGCACGCCUCCUCGGACGACACUGGCGCGUACUUUGGCCAGCGGCAAUGGGUGCUUGGCCUCGCGCUUGUCGUGCUCGGCUCGGUUGGUGACUUUGAGGCACUGAGCUUUGCCACGCAGUCGCUGGUCGCGACCGUCGGCGGCGGCACGACCGUCGUCACCAACGUCCUCUUCUCAACCUACUGGCAUGGCGAGAGCUUGACGGUCCGCGACGCGUACGGCACGAUCUGCAUCCUCCUCGGCGUUGUGCUCAUCGCGAUCUCAUCACCGCAAGACGAGCAGUACAACGUUGACCAACUCGUGCGCCGGUUCGAAUCGCCGGUCGUGGUCGCCUAUUUGGUGGCCCUCGGCGGUCUCAUCGGCUACCUCCUCGUCCUCAUCGAGUCGGAAGGGUCGACUGUCUCGACGACCCAGAACCGGGUGCUAUGGACCGGCCGGAGUCAAAGCCGCCUUCGUCGCUUUCUUCGCUGCAGUGACGAGACGUGUUCCAAUAUUGAGCCGACGCUGUACGCGACGGUCUCGGGGAUCAUGGGCUCGAUUUCGAUGCUGCUGGGCAAGUGCGCGUCCGAGAUGGUCAAGACGAGUCUCGACGGCCCGUCCCAGUUUACGCACCCGACGACCUUUUGCUUCUUUGGCGGCAUGCUCGGGACUGUCCUCCUCCAGAUCCACUGGUUCAACCAAGCGCUCAUGCGCGGCGACAUUGCCGUCGUCUUUCCCAUCUUUCAAGUGUUUUGGAUCGCGUUUGGUGUCGUCGGCGGCAUGGUGUUUUAUAACGAUUUGUCGCGGCUCGAGUUUUUCCAGAGCAUUUCGUUUUUACUUGCGUUUGCUUGUAUUCUCGUCGGUGUCUAUUACCUUGCCCAGCACGAACCUCAAAAACCUCUUCUCUCCAAAACGCCGCUGCUCGACCACGAGGGUGACGUCGCCUCCGUCGACAGCAGCUUUUACCUCGAGCAAGCGACCCAAGUCCUUUUGGAGCCCACGCCGCGUCGAGACCAGGACGGCCAUCGGGACACGCCCGAGAUGCUCAACGACCUCCGACGACCGUACCGUCCGCCGGCCUUGCUGCGAUCGCUCUAGUUGCAUCCGAAAAAUCUAUAUAGGAUACCAUCUCUGUCAUAAUCUCUGAAUCGACUCGAAGAACCAGAAUCGAGAUCAGAAACCA